AUGGCUCCCAGGGUGCCGAUGCAGCCACAUCUCCAGGAUGAGGUUCUUCGCGAAAGUUUACAGAACCCACAGGAGUUCUGGGCGCGCCAGGCAGAGCACCUCCAUUGGCACAAGAGGCCAGAAGCCACCCUCCGAUCGGCCCAGAAGACACUUCCAGAUGGCUCUGUGCACCCCACUUGGGAGUGGUUCUCCGGUGGCGAGAUAUCGACCUGCUACAACUGCGUCGACCGUCACGUACUGGCCGGCAACGGGGACCAGGUGGCCAUAUACUACGAUAGUCCGGUGACCAAUACGAAGGAGAGAUAUACGUACAAACAGCUCCUUGAUGAGGUUGAAGCGUUAGCCGGGGCACUUAAACAAGAAGGUGUCAAGAAGGGCGACGUGGUAAUGCUGUAUAUCCCGAUGAUCCCCGCCGCCUUGAUCGGAAUCCUCGCAGCUAACCGUCUUGGAGCUAUUCACUCCGUUGUUUUUGGCGGCUUUGCACCGAAUGCGCUGGCUCAGCGGAUUGACGCUUGCCGGCCAGUUGCUCUCCUCACGGCCUCCUGUGGCAUCGUCGGGAACAGGCCUCCCAUCGCCUAUCAGCCACUGGUAGAGGAGGCGAUCGAGCUCUCUUCGCACAGGCCGGCGCGUACUGUUAUCUGGCAACGAGAACAACUGCGUUGGGAGAUCAAGGGCUGGUGGAGCGUGUCGUGGCGAUGGUUACGGAAUAUGAUCCUUGGAGGCGAGACAGCUUGCGCGAACCAAGUUUCCUGGCAAGAGUUGGCUAGCAGCGCAAAGGCGCGAGGGAUCAAUGCCGAUUGCGUAGCGGUCAAGAGCGAGGAUCCCGUGUAUAUUCUGCAUACCUCCGGGACGACAGGCGCUCCGAAGGGGGUGCGUCGCGACACCGGUGGACACGCCGUGGGCUUGCACUUAUCCAUCAGCUACAUUUUCAACAUUCAUGGCCCUGGAGACGUGUCCUUCACGGCGUCAGAUAUCGGCUGGGUUGUGGGUCACUCCUACAUCCUGUACGCACCGUUACUUGCGGGCGCGUCGACGGUGUUAUACGAAGGCAAGCCGGUGGGAACUCCUGAUGCGUCUGCCUUCUGGCGAGUUGUCGAGGAAUACAAGGUCAGUACGAUGUUCACGGCGCCGACGGCCCUUCGAGCCAUCAGAAACGAUGAUCCGAAUAACGAAUCGCUCUCGAGGAUUGGAGAGCGGGGAGGGCUACGAUCACUCAAAGCACUCUUCCUGGCGGGUGAGCGCUCAGAGCCGACCCUGAUAUCUAUGUAUCAAAACAUUCUCGAUCAAUAUGGCGCACCGUCCUGUCUCGUUAUUGAUAACUGGUGGUCCACCGAGGUCGGCUCGCCCAUCACGGCGCACGCACUCACACCGCACGCAGCGCAGGACCGCAAGACGACCCUACGCGACUAUCCCCAACCGCCUGUGAAACCUGGAAGUGCUGGGAAGUUGAUGCCAGGAUUUGAUGGACGCGUCGUCGACGACCAAGGGACUCAAGUAAUGCCCGGGUCUAUGGGAAAUAUUGUCUUGGGAUUGCCGCUGGCGCCGACCGCAUUCCGCACGCUGUGGGGUGACGAGGAACGAUUCUACAAGAGCUACCUGAAGCGAUUUGGUGGGAAGUUUUUCGAUACUGGAGACGCAGGAUGGGUUGAUCAGGAGGGAUAUGUGCAUGUGAUGAGUAGAAACGACGACGUGCUGAACGUCAGUGCCUAUCGACUAUCAAGCGGAGCCAUCGAGCAAGCUAUCUCUUCUCAUCCAUUGGUGGCAGAAGCCUGCGUCGUCGGUAUUCCGGACGAGAUCAAGGGCCAGCUGCCAUUCGCAUUCAUUAGUCUCACUCAAUCGGACCACCCCGAGUCUGCUGUUGCUAUCGAGAUCCAAUCGCUCGUGCGCAAGCAAGUGGGCGCCUUUGCAUCGAUCGGGGGCAUGAUCUGUGGAAGAGGCAUGAUUCCUAAAACAAGAUCGGGGAAGACCCUACGACGGGUGCUCCGAGAAUUGGUCGAGAAUGGGGUACAUGGAGACUUUGCAAAAGAGGUUGCAGUGCCCAGCACCGUCGAGGAUGUGGCGGUGGUAGAGGUCGCACGAGCCAAGGUGAAGGAGUAUUUUGAAAAGAGCGGUGGGAAGCACAGGGCGAUCGAAGGCCGAGAAAAGUCAUAG